AUGGUCGCCGUUCCGACUCUCGCGCGCCUCCUAGCGAUCCUCGCAUUUCACCACGCCACCGCACGCAUCGGCAAUCAUGCGCGCCCGUUGCAACUCCGCGGCGGCGCCAAAAAACUCCGCGGCGGGAGCGAGGACGAGGCGCCGGCGCCGCGCAAGGUCGGGUGCCUCAUCGUGGGCCUCGGCGGCAACAACGGCUGCACGGUCCUGGCGGGCCUCGUCGCGAACCGGCGGCGCCUCGCCUGGGAGGGCCAGAAGCGGCGCAUCGACGCCGACUGGGGCGGCUGCCUCACGCAGCGGGGCGAUCUGGCCGAAAAGAUGGCGUCGUUCGAGCACGCGGCCGUCGGCGGCUGGGACGUGCGGCCGACGAAGCUCGGCGCGGCGCUCCUCGCGGCGCGCAUCGUCGACACGGACCUCGCGCGUUUGGUCGAGGCGGAGCUCGACGCCGUGGAGGUCAUGCCGGGCGUCUACGACGAGCGCUACGUCGGCGAGAGCCAACGGGCCACCGCGACGCACACGAAGCAGGGCCUCGCGACGGCCAAGGAGAAGGUCGACGCCCUGCGCGCCGACAUCCGCCGCUUCAAGGAGGCCCACGGCGUCGACGGCCACUGCACGGUCAUCUGGUCCGCGUCCGUCGAACCGCCUUCCUUGCUACCCGAGGCCGCGGUCGCGACGGCCGACGCGCUGCUGGACAUGCUCGCGGGCCCCCUCGAGUACGACGCGCCGCCGUCCCUGCUCUACGCCGUCGCCGCGGCCCUCGAGGGCUGCUCCUUCGUCAACGGCGGCAGCCAGGACACGGUGUGCGACGGUCUGGCGGAGCUCUGCGAACGAAAGGGCGCGUACGCGCUCGGCACGGACUUCAAGGCGGGCCAGACCAAGUUCAAGACCUGCGCCGUCGAAUAUCUCGAGAACAACGGCUUCACGGUGAAGGUCGUUGCGUCGUCGAACCACCUGGGCAACAACGACAUGCGGAACCUCGCGCUCGGGACUCCCACGCAAGCGCGGACGAACGCCGCGAAGCUGCGGGUCAAGUCGUCGAUCUUCAAGCCGGGCGUCGACCACCACGUGAGCGUCCAGUAUGCGCCCUUCAUCGGCGACGAGAAGCGCGACUUCGUCGAGUACACGUCGGAGGCGUUCCUCGGGCAGCUGCACACGAUGGCGACGUACACGCGCUGCUCCGACUCCGUGCUCUGCGCGCCGCUCCUCGUCGACGCGACGGUGCUCCUCGACUUCUUC